ACUAUAAUCAUACAGCGGAAUAGAAGCGGACUUGGGAGAAUGGGUUAAGUAGGGUUUCACUAUCUUCACCUUUGCAUCAUCUUCUAUUGAACGGCAACCAUGCCUGCCCAAACUCAAGAUGAACUCCUUGCUGCUCAUCUGGAACAAGAAAAGCUCAACCCUGAUGAACCUGUGUUUGAGGAUGAUGAUGAGGACAACGAUGAGGAGGAUGACGAUGAUGAAAAGGAUGAAGAGGAUGCUGAAGGGAAAGGGGACGGAAGUGGUCGAUCAAAGCAGAGCAGGAGUGAAAAGAAGUCUCGCAAGGCAAUGUUGAAACUUGGAAUGAAGCCAAUUCCAGGAGUCAGUCGCGUGACCAUCAAAAAAAGCAAAAAUAUUCUGUUUGUUAUCUCAAAACCAGAUGUUUUCAAGAGCCCAACAUCAGAGACAUACAUUGUUUUUGGGGAAGCUAAGAUUGAGGAUCUAAGUUCACAACUGCAGACUCAGGCUGCAGAGCAGUUCAAAGCACCUCCGGCUAAUCUGGCUAAUGUUGUUUCAAAGCCUGAGUCAUCGACGAUGGCUCAAGAUGACGAAGAAGUAGAUGAGAGUGGUGUGGAGGCAAAGGACAUUGAGUUGGUGAUGACACAAGCUGGGGUGUCAAGAUCAAGGGCUGUGAAAGCACUGAAAGCUGUGGAGGGGGACAUUGUUUCAGCCAUUAUGGAACUAACGAAUUGAUUGUCAGUAGGUUUAAGAUGUUCUGCGGAGUAGUCAUUUAAGGAUGCUUUAUCUUUGGCAGUGUAACUCUUGGAUGAUUGAGGUUGGAGAUUUGGAAUAUUUUUAUGGUGUGUUGACUAUACUAGUUCACUGUUUGUUGUGUUUUUGA